UAUCUCUGUCAGGAUAAGCUUUCUAAUCAUUAUCAUCUUCAGUUGGCAUUGCACGGUCAAGCCGUAAUACUGGCUCUUUUAACCGUUUGUCUAACACUGCUAGACAUCCGAUCAACAUAUAUUUUUGUAAUUCCCUUAGGAUUUUAUGCAGUUUCUUUGGUUCUAAAUUUAAUGACCAUUUUACAUGAUCUUGGAUAUGCGUGGAUAGUUUUGCUAAAAACGAGUCAAAUUAUUCCAUUUUUGUAUAGCAGCUACGUCUUUUAUAUAUUAAUUGUCGUGCUUAUACCGAUGGGUGGACGAACCGGCACAUCUUCAAAUCCAGAUAUAAUUAUUGCAGCCUUGUCGGCUCUGGGAACAAUUCUCUCCUUAGGUUUCUUGGUUCCGCUAAUCAACACUUUCGGUCGACCAAGUUUAGUGAUAUUUGCUCUACUAGCAGUCACAGCAAUCUCAGUGAUCUUGGCCAGCGGCACACAAUUGGGAUUUCCCUAUCGACCGAAGACCAAUGGACAACGGAUUGCAUAUUUAGAAGUACGAAACAUGUUCUAUGACUACGAUGGUCAGUUAACUAAGGACGAAUCGGGUUACCUCAUGAUGUUCGAAGAUCGCCGUCGAGAGCUACCUCUUCUGAACUCUAAAGUCAAUCUGUCUGGCAUGGUUAGCCUGAAAUCGAGAUGCGAGAGGCACAUGAUGUGUGGGAUGCCUUUGAUUAACAAUCGCUGUCUAGUUCAUUCGGAAUGUUCUUGGAUUCCUCGUUCAGAGCCAGUUGAGCCUCCACGACCAACCACAUUGGAGUUGCUACGAAAAACUGUUAUUAAUGAUACAACAGUGCGCUUUGAGUUCAAUUUGACUGGCCCCAUUAAUAUGAGAUUGUUUAUAAUACCCGAAGAAUAUGUAACGAUUAACAACUGGUCAUUCUUGAAAACUUAUUUGGAUAACCCUCGAUCAGCAAGAAGACCGUAUCAGAUCUAUUUCAAAUACGCAUUUGAUUGCUCGCCUUUACACUUCUUUAUAGAACUUUCGAUGAAAAGAAGAGAACCAAUAUAUAAUCCUUCUUCACAGAAAUUAAACACCGAAUUUGAUGUUCCGUUAUUCCAAAUUGGAGUCUCUGCACAAUAUAUUGCCGAUGAGGGCGAUGACCAAAGCAAAGAAUUUGCAUCGACAUUUCCCUCGUUUUCAAAUUUAGAGCACUGGCCUGCUUUUUAUCAAAGGUACAUCUAUUAGAUUUUAUCAAAACAAUUCGGAUCUAGUUUUAUUUAUAGCAUGUUAUUUACAAAUAAAAGUAAAAUCAAAUAGUUUUGUGUACGAUAUGGGAAAGUUUACACAGUAUUUUGCUGAGUAAUAUUUAUAACUUAUUCUACAAUUGUGAUAUGCUAUUAUGCAUAUUUAUAUCAUAUCAUGUAUUGCAU